CGCUGUUCAUGAGAGAAGAAUUUUCCAGGGAGCUGGGAGCGUGCUGGCACACCAGCGGGCUUGGGAAUGCAAACCAGAGCUCGUACCCGGACCGUGUCCUCUACAGCGUCCGUGCCGAAGGCAGGGAAUACCUCCUGUGGCUGGAGAAGAACAGGGCGCUGCUGGCGCAGCACUACACCGAGACACACUACUCUGCCGACGGCACGGAGAUCACGGAGCAGCCCGACACUCAGGAUCAUUGCUUCUACCAGGGCCACGUGCGGGGCCACGCCGGCUCGGCAGCGAGUGUCAGCACCUGCCGUGGGCUCAGCGGAUUCUUCCGUGUGAACGAGACCACGUUCCUGCUGGAGCCGCUGGAAGGGGCCGUGUCGGGCCGGCACGCUCUGUACCGCGCAGCUCACCUGCGGGGGAAACGCCGCACCUGCCGCGAGUCCGGGGACACCCUGGAGUACGACCGCGAGCCCAAAAUCCCUGCAGCCAUGAAGCUCUACCGCUGGAAAUCAGGUCCGACACACAAAGGUCCCCGGUACGUGGAGCUGGUCCUGGUGGCGGAUAACGAGGAGUUCAGGAAGCACAAGGACUUGCGCACCGUGCAGAACCGCAUGAAGGAAAUCGUGAACCACGUGGACAAGCUCUACCAGCCUCUCCGCCUGCGAGUGGCCUUGAUCGGCUUGGAGGUGUGGAACCACAAGGACAAAAUCACAGUCAGCCCCAACCCCGAGGUGACACUGGACAACUUCCUGCACUGGCGGGAGUCGGAGCUGCUGCGGAGGAAGCCCCACGACAACGCCCAGCUGAUCACGGGCAUCGACUUCCACGGCAAAACCGUGGGGCUGGCCAAGAAGCUGGUGAUGUGCACCAGGGACUCAGGUGCUGUCAGCCAGGACCACAGCACCAAUCCCAUCGGCGCUGCAUCCACCAUGGCUCACGAGAUGGGCCACAACCUGGGCAUGUCCCAUGAUGAAGAUGUUCCCGGCUGCCGCUGCCCCGUCUCCAAGGCUGAAGGAGGAUGCGUCAUGGCAGGGAGCGUCGGCCUGGUUUACCCGAAGCUGUUCAGCCGCUGCAGCGAGCAGGACAUGUGGCAGUUCCUCGGGGACCCCCGGACCAGCUGCCUGCUGAACACCCCCCGCGCGGACGAGCUGUACGGGGGGCCCGUGUGCGGGAACCAGUUUGUGGAGCGGGGAGAGCAGUGCGACUGCGGCUCGCCAGAGGAGUGCUCGGACCGCUGCUGCAAUGCCUCCACGUGCCAGCUGAGACAGGGAGCUGAGUGUGCCCAGGGGGAAUGCUGCCAGGACUGCAAGGUGAAGGCUGCAGGUGUGCUCUGCCGGGCCAGCAAGAACGACUGCGACCUGCCCGAGCACUGCACCGGCCUCAGCGCCGAGUGCCCGGAAGACGUGUUCCAGGAGAACGGCAUCUCCUGCCAGAAUGGCAACGGAUACUGCUACAACGGGGGCUGCCCCUCGCACGGCGAGCAGUGCCGGGCGCUCUGGGGUGCAGAGGCCCAGGUGGCUCCCGAUGUCUGCUUUAAGCACAACAGCGAGCAUCACCUCCACCUGCACUGCCUCACCGAGUACGGGAAGCGGCCCUGCAGCCCCAAGGACGUGAAGUGCGGGACGCUGCUGUGCCUGAGCGACAACUCCAAGCCCAUCCUUGGCAGCGGCUACUUCUCCUUCGGCCACUACUCCUUCGGCCGCUUCAACUGCAAGGCCGUCAUCGCCGACGGCGAGGUGGCCGCCGAGCUCAGGCUGGUGCCCACGGGCGCCAAGUGCGGGGACGAGAUGGUCUGCUACGCCGGGCGCUGCCAGAGCCUCCUGGUCUACGGCGACAAGAACUGCUCGGCCAAGUGCAACAACCACGGGGUGUGCAACCACCGGCGGGAAUGUCACUGCGACCCGGGCUGGGCAGCGCCCUACUGCGAGCAGGAGAUUUCAGGGAUAGCCGCAGGGAGCAGCAGCGUGGUCCUGGCGGCCGUGCUGGCCGUGCUGGCACUGGCCGGCACCCUGCUGGCCUGCGGCGUGGUGCUCCUCAGAACCAGGAGCUUCCAGAAAGGGAGCUCUGCCACGGGCCUCGCCAACCCGCUGUUCCAGGAGGGCGGCCGGGCACGGCCUCCCCGGCGGCUGCUGUCCCGCCAGGACAUCGGCCAGCCCAGCCUGGUCAGCAGCACGGUGGCCCCGCGGGCGGCCCGGGCCCUGGGGCCCCGCUCGCCCAGCCCCGUGCUGACCCUGCGGCCCCCCGUCCCACAGGGGACACCCCCGGCGUCUCCGGGGUGGCCCCCGCAGGCGAAGCCGAAGCCGCCCAGCAAACCUCUCCCGGCGCUGAAGGGCAGGGUGCUGUGCCACGGCCAGGGGCCACAGGGACCGGCCCUCCCACCGACACCCCCCUCGGCCUUCCAGCGGGGCGCACCCCCGAAGGUGGCCCUGAAACCGCCCCCAGCCAGGAGGUGA